AUAUGCAGUUUGCAACAAAAAAUUGCAGUCCAAAGAAAUGGGAUCUCUGUCUAACUUCAGUAUUUCCUUAUCUUGGAAUACUACGGUCAUUGUGGAUGAAGAAGAAUGCAUUGUUAGCUUGAAGUCAUAUUGUUUUCUUGAUAAGAAAAACAAAUCUUAUCUGAACUGCCACAAUGGAACUAUGUUAACAAAAACCUCCAAUGAUGAAACUACUAAACGUAAUAAUGAUCCCUCGAGCUCAAACGAGGAGAGAAAAGAGACUGAUAUUGAAAAUGAUGAAAUUGCUUCUGCAUCAGAAACACCAUUCGAAAUGUCGACAACUUUUUUGCGAUGCCUAGGCAUUACACAAAAGGAAAUAGACAUAAGGAUGUGUACGAAGAAAAUGCGAUAUGGCAGAAUGCCAUGGACCCUUCCUGAUAGUUGUACAAAACCAGGUAUUCUUGUGUUGACACAUUUUGUUGCAGCAGCGAUUGGUGCCGGAAUCUUAUACUGUGCACUCUUUAUGAAAAAAAUUAAACGCACAUUAAACGAUAAAAAUAAAGAAGAAGGAAACAAAGGCAUCAGCAAUGCCUCAUAUAAUAUACAGAAAGGUUCGGCUGAAGGAAUGUCAGCUCCAUGCUUCAGUCAUCAAGAUGAAGGCGUCUAUUGUGAAGUGGCAGAUAAACCACGAUCAUUACCUUCUCAAACCAACUUCUCGUAUUCCCUCGCUGUCGAUUCUGCAUUAGAAAGCCUGAAAAACACCGGACUUCCAGAUAUUCCACAGCAGACUAAGAAAACUAACGAUCUAUAUCUAACCCCUAUAAGUAGAUCUCUACCACAUGAAUAUCUUGGUUCGUCGGGAAAGGUUAUUACAGAAUCGUCCGCCAUGGAUGAAAAAGAGCGGCGCUGGACAAACGACAGUAAAAGUGAAAUCAAUGUCAUGAAUGAGGCCGACAGAUUGAAAGAUACUUUUGAUACUGAGUCGUCCGAGCAAUACUUUGUUCUUGAGAAAGGAUCCGACAUGGAUCUCAAGUAAAACGAACUUAAAAAAGCUCAAUUCGUGUACGAAAGAGGACAUGUGAUGUAAAUUGUCACAUUUUUGUAAUAACAUGCAGAUAUUGAAAAACUAUAAAUCUGAUCUCUCAUUACAUAUGUAUUAACAUUUGUGUUCGUCAUUAUUUACAUAUAUAUAGAAUAAGGCUUUCUAUUAUAUAAUGACAUGCAUCCUUAUGUAUUGUAGAUUGUAUUUUGUUGAAAUAAUUUUUAUUAGGGUUAGAGUGGGGGCCGGUGUAGGAAUUACGUUUGAACGGAAAUAUUUCAACCUUCAAGAACCUAAUACUCCAAUCUGUGAUACACAAUUAUAACUCAAUAUGCUUAAUUCAAUUUGUUCAAAUCAAUGAAUUAAAUAGAUUGAUAUUUAUCAGAAAAAUAACCUGAUUCUGAUACAUGUACAUGUGAAUGAUACGGUCGAUAGGACAUUUUCAUCCUUGAACUAGAACAUUCAUUGCAUGAAUUCUUUGAAAGUUUUAUGGCAAAUCUUUAUUUCUUUUGUUAUAUAGGAAUGGAAGCCGAUAUUUUUUAUUCAGUUUUUUUCUUUUAUGAUGAAAUUAUUUAUAAUGCUUAUUAAUUUUCUCUUCAAUAAACCAUUCCAAUUGUC